AAACAAAAAUAUUAUUUAAUUAUAAAGUAGAAAGCCAAGGCAGGUACAGAAGGAAAACCAGCUCUCCUGCCUCCCCUCAAAGAUACAGAAGCCACAGCUCCUCCUCCUUCCCCUCCAUCUUCACUUUCUUUAUCAAUCUUUCCUUUGUUAUAGGUAUUGAGUUAAGAGAGUCCUUUUCUCUGCAUAACUUUGAUGUCUAUACCACUCGAACAUGAUUACAUAGGCUUAGCAGAGACUUCUUCAAUGGAAAGAAGCCCUGAGAAGAUCUCCUCCUCUUCUUCUUCCUCACCUCCUCGUGCCAUUGAAGGAAACAAUAGCAGCAGAAGCAACAACACUGUUCUCAACCUCAAAGAGACUGAGCUGAGGCUUGGCUUGCCUGGUUCUCAAUCUCCUGAGAGAAAACCAGGACCUGUUGGGGUCUCACUUUUUGGGAAAGAUUUGGAAAAUAAGAGUAAUGGCUGUUCUCCAAACCCUUUGAAAAACUUUGUCUUUGGGGCUAAAAGGGGUUUCUCAGAUGUCAUUGAUGGGCCUCCUGGAAAUUGGGUUUUCUCUGUCAAUGGUAAAUCUGAUGUUGAUUUGGGGAAAGGUGCUGUUUUGUUCUCUUGUAGAGGUGAGAAAAACAAUACCCAGCAAGCAUGUCUCCCUGUACCAACCAAGAUUGUCGGUGUUCCUCCUCCUCCAAAGCCAGUUCAAGAGAAUAAGGAUCAGGUUUCCACUGUAAAUGAACAUGGUAGUCCUCCUGCUGCAAAAGCGCAGGUUGUGGGGUGGCCACCAAUCCGUUCAUACCGAAAGAACACCGUGGCCUCUAAUUUGGUGAAGAACGGUGAGGAUGGUGAAGGCAAAUCAGCAGCAGGGUGCCUAUAUGUAAAGGUUAGCAUGGAGGGUGCCCCAUAUCUGAGGAAGGUUGACCUCAAAAAUUACAACAAUUAUACGGAACUCUCAUCAGCUUUAGAGAAGAUGUUCAGCUGCUUUACAAUAGGGCACUGCAGUUCUAAUGGUCUUCCUGGGCGAGAUGGUCUGAGUGAGCGAUGUUUGAAGGAUCUUCUUCACAGCUCUGAGUUUGUUCUUACAUAUGAAGACAAGGAUGGUGAUUGGAUGCUUGUCGGUGAUGUCCCUUGGGAGAUGUUCACUGAUACAUGUAGGAGGCUAAGAAUCAAGAAAGGUUCUGAGGCAAUUGGACUAGCUCCAACAGCAAUGGAGAAGAGCAAAACCCAGAACUAAUGUGAAGAGUAUGUCAAAAGACCUGGAAAGUUUCAUUUCUCCUUAGUAUUCUACAACUUAGAAGUGUGAUUAGUUGACCAGUUUUCUCAGAAACUACAUAUAUUUUCAAAAUAUAGUAAGUUUGAUGCAGUUGGUUAGCUUGAAUACUUCCUACUAGACAAAUUAAGCCAUGGGAAAUAUCCAUCUAUUUGCGGUUGUUUGCAAUCUUGCAAUUCCUCUAUAUUUCUUCUUCUCCAAUCUUGAGCUGCUCAUUUUGGUCUUUGCCUAAAAUUCUGUCACCAUAAUUGAGUUAAGCAAGAUGGAUGCCAUGGAGCAACAAAUAUUUUGAGAGUUU